AUGGGUUUUAAGCGCAAGAGAUCCAAGAAGCUUCCAGACCCCGUUGUACAACAAACCACAACUCCAAUUCGCCUCAAUCCACUCACCCUCAGAACCCUAAUUUCUUCGAUUCAAGCAGCCCAGGGUCUAAAGGUGCCGGUUUUGAAGCGAUUAUAUGCACUAGGGGAUGUAAUAUCUUCCAUGGAACCAAUAGAUUGGUCGAACGCGGAAGGCAGUUGUAGUUUUUUUGGGAAUGAACUGAAAUUGGAAGAUCUACAACGUCUCAUCGAUUCUUUGUUCGAAGAGCUAGUUAAUAGGCUUGAAUUUGUAUUCUCGGCUUUAUCUGAUGCCAAUGCAAAUAGAGCUCACAAGCAUACUGGCUCUGACAAAGAUAUGGGGUUCAAUGUUGAUGAACUAGCCCUGCUUUUGAGAUGCUGUAUAUCCUUGAGCAUGGUGGACCCGAGUUUAGUAAUGGAGAAGACCCAAGUUUUUCUUUCUGUGCUUGGGAAAGUGAUUGGUUUGGUGACAAGUGGAUGCAGUGAGAAGGAGUCUUUCAGCUUUCGGAAGUCUGUUUCUUGUGAAAGCACAUAUACUGAUGGUGGUGGAAUUUAUGUUUCCGAAGACUUUGUUGCUUCCUUAUGUUUCUUUGAGCCUUCUAAUCCGUGGUACCCGGUUCUAUGUGCAUUGCUUGAGAUAUUUGCAGACGAACUUUUAAUGCGGAGACUGUUAAGAAAGUACUUUGUGGCUGUUGAUUCUGCUUCCUGCACAGAUGGAAGGUUAUUUAAUAACUUUGGUAAAAGUGAUAUUGGAAGUGUUUUGGAGGUGAUUUCUGUUCAUUUCAUUUUAUCAGUUUUUGAUGAGCCAGCAUCUGAGAACUUUCACAAAAGACUAUACUUGCAAUGCAGCAAGCAUUUUAGAGGUCCUGAACUGAGCCUGACUGCAGCCUUGCCUCUGCUUCUCAACCCCAUCAUGCUUUCCGCACCAAAAAUGUUACAGACGCAUUUGAUUUUAUUAGUUUCUGAAGCAAUAGGUGUAGACUUUUCUUUGAAGAAUGCUAGACCAGAUCUUAGAAAUAUGGACUGCUACCUUACAGCAUUGGAGACCUCAGUUGUUUUGUACACUAGCCACAUGUCUAGUUCACUUACGGAUCACCAUCCUUUGGGUGCUAGCUGUUCUCAUGCCAAUUCAUGGAUGCUAGGGAGUUAUCAUCCGUCUUUUGAAUCUUGCAUUCAGCAAGGAACGAGAGAGAAAAUUUGUAAUGUAGUUACCCAUUUAGGUUCCUUGAGGCAGUUACCAAAGGCUGAUAUGAUAGCGGCUUCUAUUGCAUACAUAAAGGAGAACCAACAUAUUUUUGAUGAAUCGUGUAAAGAUGAUGCUCUGUCAGCAUUACAAAGCAUAAUACAUGGAGGUUCAUCUUCAGAUGUCAAUUAUAACGUGUUUUAUCUUAAAGGGGAUACAAACCCAGAAGAUAUUUAUCUCCUUGCGUCGAUAUUGAAGUUAAUGAGUAGUUCCUUGUGGAAAGCUGUUUGGUGCCUGAGAAUUGGUGGGAAUUUGGGGUAUCCACAAACCUUAAAAGAUGCUUUUUCACAUAAGGAGUAUGAUUUUAUGAUGGGUAUCAUUGGCUGCUUUAUUCAAUUCAAUUUGGCUUUACCUAAUCAGAAGUUCUUAUCUGACAUGAUGAAAACCCGCCCGAUGAUACAUAAGACUUCCAAGUGGAUCCUUCUGCAUUUUUUGGGGUUGCUGUCAUUAAGUUUUGCUAGUGGGAUUGAUUUCCUAGUUAAGGGCUGCAUAUCAGUAAUCAUGGCAAUAUUAAAUCUAUGUGCUUAUGAAGAGGGUGAUAUAGUUGCACUGCGAUCAUUCUUAGAUGUUGGUUCACAACCUGUUUCAUCUGAAUCGCCUCCUGAUAAGGUUACAAAGCCUGUGAAGAAACAGAAAUCCACCAGAAAAGUUGCAUCAAAGUUUCAGAAGAUUCAAAAUCUUUACUUGAGAAAACAAUCGGUCCAACGCCAGCAUAAAAGAGCACAGAGUGAUGUGUCAAAAACUUUGGAAAACACAUGCUUCAUGAGCUGCACAAGAGAGUUUACUGAUGUCAUAGAGGAGGAAACUGAAGAAACGUGCAAUGGGGAGAUGUACCUCAACUGCACACUAGCAGACCCCAUUAAGUCUGACCUUGACGAUUUAGCAGACUUCAUUGUGUGCAAACCAGGGAAGGAGUACUCUAGCUGGUUGAAGGAUCGAGAACGAUAUCGAUCUUGGAAAGUCAAAAAAGAUGCAGUUGUAAGGUGGGAGAAAAGGAAAAAACUUACCGGACAGUGAUCAAGUAAAAGACAAUAGAUGUAGUGAUGGUACUUGGUUUUACUAUAUACCUUAGUUUUGUUGUAAAUAUGUAUGGUUGUCCAAAUUAUUUUGUGUUGUAAUCUUAUGUAGAAAACUUGUACUAAA